AUGAAAAUUCCUAGGGAUAUUGUUUUCCAGGUGGUUCGUGGUUUUAGAGGCAGAACCAAAGGCUGUUUAAAACUUGCUUCAGUAAAAGCCGCUAAGGCUUUAAACUAUUCCUAUCAUUCCAGAAGAAAGCGACACAGUCAAAUUCGGGCUCACUGGAUUUCAACUAUAAACCGUGCUUCCAGGGAGUGGUGGCUAAUAUACUCAAGAUUUGUCGGCUCUCUAAGCAGGGUUAAUUGUACAUUAUCUAAGAAAUCACUUUUUGUCCUCGCUCUGAACGAGCCGAUUACUUUCAAAUGUCUAGUUGACGAAUCCAAAUAUUUACUCAACGAAGUAGUCGAGAAACGGAGAGAUAUAUCAAACAUAUAA